ACACGUCAUUACAGCGCACCGGUCUGAAAGCUGAAGUAGACUUUUGUGGGGGGUUUUUUUUAAGGAAGACGUGGCUGUAAUAAUUGGUACAAUCUCGAAAUAACGCUCCACAAUUCUUAGUCGUGUUAAACACAUUUUGAGAAAUCAACCAUGAUGACCAGAAUAGCAGCGUUUCUUGCUCUUGUAUGCCUGUGCACGGGGGAGAGCUGUUCAGACCCUGUGAUUACCCCGUCUGCCUACACCACUUCUGAUGCCGUCAUCUCCUCUGAGUCUGUCUUCAUCGUAGAGCUCAGCCUGGCCUGUGCCAAUGGAGCCCAGAGUGUGGCUCUGUAUGCUGAUGUCAAUGGAAGGCAGUUCCCUGUGACUAGAGGCCAGGAUGUUGGCAAGUACCAGGUGUCCUGGAGCAUGCCCCAUAAACAGGCCAGCUCUGGUACGUACCAGGUCAAGUUCUUUGAUGAAGAGUCCUACAGCUCUCUACGCAAGGCCCAGAGGAACAACGAGGAUGUAGAAUCCAUCCAGCCUCUCUUCUCUGUCAAUGUAGAUCACAGGGGAGCGUGGAACGGCCCGUGGGUGCCUACUGAGGUUAUGGCUGCUCUCAUCGGCAUCCUGGUGUACUACCUGGCCUUCAGCGCUAAGAGCACCAUCCAGGCAUAAAGGACUACAAGUCCCACCGUUCUCUAAGCGCACCAUCCAGUCAUAAAGGACUACACGUCCCAAGGUUCUCUACAACUGUAUCUCUAAAAGAUUGUUGAAUGCUGGUGACUUUUCUAACCAUCCAACCUGAGCAUACCUGUGGCAGAACAACGGUAUGCCACCAUCCAUUUUGAGAUACGAAACUAGAACAAAUUGUUUUGUAGUUAUUUUUUAUUUUGAACGCAGACUGUCUGAUUCUUUUCGGUCAAUUCCUAGAAGAAGAUGCAAUUUCUGUUUUGUCAAUUUGUGCAAAAUAAAAUACAAUGUACACACCUCAAUCGAACCCAAUGUACCCCACUAACUGAGCACAGUAAUUUUGUGUUUAAAAGCAAAUCAAGGUUUUGAUAGCGAAAUGACUGUUUCUAUAGACCAAUGCUGACUUCCUUCCACAGCCUCAUGCUUAUUGCUUAUCUACCGGUGGACUUGACCUCUGAAAGACAAGAACAUCUGUCCAUCAGUUCAUGGUCUUUCUUGUAAAGGACUUUGGUAUUGUGUGAUAUCUGUGCUGAUACUAAACACUCUAAAAUGACUCGUUCUGUACGUACAAGGGUCUGAGUAGGACUGCUGAUCUAGGAUCAGGUCCCCUCGGUUUUAUUAAUUAUGAUCUGAAAGGCAAAACUGAUCCCAGAUCAGCAAUUAUACGCUGAGACACUUUGUGACAAUGAACCAUGGCGUUGCAGGAGUCUAAAGCCCCUGUGAACGUUUGUAGUGGCUGACUGGCUGUGUCUUACCUACGCGUAACUGUUGUUGCACUGGCUGGCUGAUGAGGCCAAAUGUUUCAGGAUUGGUGAUUAUUUGUUGCUCGUGGUCAAAUUAAUAAAUAAAUGGUUUGAUUUUG